UCGUGUUGCCCCAAAAGGUAUAAGUCUUGUCAUCAGGGUGUAUCACUCUGAAGGAGUCUGUACAUCCCAGUCCAGUCAUGCCAUUCACUAGCGCCAGCGAAUCGGCUUCCAUCUGCCUGCCUCCCACCGCAUCCAGCGAAGGGGUCACUACAGAGUUGAAAUCGCCUGCAAUGAUGAUCUUGUCCAUCUCAGACGCCGUAGCCGCCGGCGAGGCUCAGCAGGCUGCGGCAGAGGCAGAACGUCAGCGGCUGGCCAAUGAGGCGGCAGCCGAAGCUCAGCGGACAGCUGAGACUGACGAAGCGGCACGAAACAGACGGAAUGCCGCCAGCACGGAGUCCCUGAUUGCUAGUGAGCAUCAGUGGACAACGGUACUCCAAGGCAUGAUCUUUGUGCCUACGGAAACGCAGGCGGAACCGACACAGGCGGAGGCAGAGAGAAGUAACCUGGCUACCGUGAUGUUGAACGUAAUGAGGGGAGUAAUGUGGAACAACAAACUACUGCAGGCACACCUGCACGCGGAACGACAGCAAAGACAGCAGUACCAGCAAGACCUGGCCGCUGUAACGGCCGACGUCCGCGACGCAGCAAUGCAGCCGCAGCAACAGCAACAACUGAUGAACUCUACCAUCGCACGCAUCAACGGCAUUGAGGCCAAGGCCUCAGAAGCGCCAGGCUGCACGACGGACGCGACGAAGCAAAUCAACGAACGCAUCGAUCACGUCGUCACCAUCAUCGGGGACAUAGGUGCUGCCGACAUAGACGUCCCUUGCUCUCCCGCUUCCAUCCGGAAGUACCGGGACUUGCUGAUCAAAGCCCACGCAAAUAUGCAAAAGGCUGAGAUCCGCAUGCAGCAGCAGGCUAACCGACGUCGACUUCCAUGUCCUUUCCGCGAGGGAGACCUUGUUUGGGUCCUCUCCGAGGAAUUUGCGCUCGAGCAGGAUGUUUCGCGCAAAUUCCUUCCGAAAUGGUUCGGGCCAUGGGAAGUCACUUCUGCCGUUGGAGACGACCCUGCAGGUCCUUCCUUCGUGAUCAACAUUCCACCGCACCUGACAGUGCAUCGGGUCUUCCACGCAUCGAAGCUGGCCAUCUACACGCCACUUUCAGCUGACGAGUUCCCCGGACAUCGAUCACAGGAUCCGCCUUCUAUGGACGGACAUCAGGAAGUUGACCGAGUCAUCACGCACCGCAAGUAUGGCAACAAGCCAAGGCAGUACAAAGUCACAUUCAAGCAAUGCGCGCCUGAUGACACUCGGUGGAUCUCCAGUACAGAUUUGCAGACUUCUGCACCCCUUAUCUUUGCCGACUAUGAGAAGCGACGCCCUGCUAAGGACGCAGCUCGGUCAACACUGGACGAGGAUGGGGAGGCAUUUGACAGUGCUGCUGAGGAGCUGGAGUCGGAUCACUGGGAUACUGGGAGCGCAAGAAGUGGACCGGGUGUGGGGAACCGACACCACAGGCGGCUUUCUUCCUCCGUCUUGGGAUAUGAUUACGAUGAAGCUGUGCAGCAGAGUAGAAUGCACCAGUGUGUUCGUGGGUCUCCGCUCAAGGAGAAGGAAGGCCCAUUAUUCAAGGCAAACAGAAUUGGUGAUCAGGGGCUGAGCUGCCGAUCAUCUCUGUCUCCGUAUGGCAAUCGCCAAGGCACCCAGAUUCAUAGUGAGUAUGGGAAUGGGGUAGCUGGCUUUGCUGAGAGAAAUGGACUGCUCAGCAAUGGCAAGAUGGACACAGCAGUGGCGUGUGCAUCACCAAUCAAAGAUCUGUUCUGCCGUCACCCUUCAUGGCAGCAAAAGUCGAGAGAGCUGACCCGAGGAGGGGAUAUACUGAGUCCAAAGCAAAAAGGUGGUUCUCCCACACCACGACAAGUCGAAGUGGACGUGUCGCAAAAUGAGGGUUCUCUGCAGGUGGUGCCAAAUGAGGGCUCUCCACGGAGAUCGUACGAUGCCCUCGAGAGAGAAAUGCAGUCGCUACGCGCUGAGAAUGAAGAACUGGAGAACGCACUACGUGCUGCGAACAGCAACAGUGCACAGCUUGCGGAGUUGCAGCAGUAUGUGCAGUUUGUGGAGGAAAGGUAUGAGGAGUUGUUGGAGCUGUACAGAACCAGUGAGGAGCGAGUUAAUGAAUUGAAGGACUCUUUGGAGGAGGAAGAAGCAAUAAGGGAAGCCAUGGAGGAGGAUAUUGCGAUUGCGAAGCAGGGGAUGAAUCAUGAAGAGCAGGUCAGGGAGCUGCAAGUGAAGCUGUUAAGGAGUGAAAGAGAGAGGCGGGAGUUGGAGAUCCUCUUGAAGGAGGCGGAGGGACGCACGCCGAGUACUGUUGCCGAAGAUCAAGUAGUUGAUACAGCAGACGAUCUCAUGAGGGAAGAAUAUCAGCAGAAGAUCAAAGAACUCGAAGAUGAGGCAACGACGCUAACCUAUGAGAACGUGGACCAGGCAAGACGUGUUGCCAGACUUGUUCAGGAGCUCGCUGAAAAGGACAGUGUGAUCUCUGAGCUGAUGGCCAUGGUUGAUGCAUCCCAGUCUCUAGUUGUGGCGCGGGAACUGCCAGAGAAUGGUGUUAGGGAGACGGGUACGGACCGAAUGGAAGAUUGGCAAAGCGAGAGAGCUGCACUUGAGGCCCAGAUUGCACAGCUGGCUGAGGAGAAGGAGCAGUCCAUCGCGACUGUGAGAUCAGAGACUGCAGCAGAGAUGGAGAGGUUGACUCUGGAGAUAGAGGAGAGAAUGGCAGAGGUGAGGGAGGCUCGAAUGCAAGCGGACAUGACUAUCAGUGGCUUGCAACACCAGAUUGAGAGCAUGCAGACUGAGCUAGCUGAAGAGAGGUGCUUGAGGAAGAAUGCUGAGAUGAGAAUUGGAGACGGUGAACUCCGACCAAAAGAAGAUUGUUCAGCAAUAUGCCAGUUUAGAGUGGAAGCAAGCCUGGGUGUUGCGAACACAAAUCUUCCAUCAGGGAAUCUAGUAGGUGACUCUUCUUCGAUGGUGAGCAAUGGUGGUCCAAUUGACGGUUGCGAUUGCAUGGAAGAAUUUGUGCCUGAAGUGAAAGAUCCGAACCCCGAGGUGAGACGCUUGACCAUUCUCAAUGUGAAGCUAAUGGAAGAAGCAAACUCGAGGGAAUCUUCCGGCAUGGAUUCGACGAGAGUCGACGAUAAGCAGGGUACGGAGGAAGAACGAGAAGAAGAAGAAGAGGAAAAGUCUAUGGAUAAGCCCAGUGUUGCACCUGGGAGUGUCACUUGUGCCCCACUUCUGAAGCCACCCAUUGAUGUGAAUGUACAGUGUGUAGAGGCAGACAAAGAGUCUGCGGAUAAGCCCAGUGUUGGGCCUGGGGAAAAUGUCACUUGCGCCCCACUUCUUGGUCCACCCACUGUUGCGAGUGUACAGUAUGUAGAAGCAGAGGCAUUGGGGCAGGUUGCAAUUGCCGGAUCCAGAGAGGAGGACCAGUGUCCUAAGGAAUGUUGUGUCUCAGAUAUCAUGACUACACAGGCCUCAGUAGAGGCAAAUCUGAAAAAUCUUGAGAUUCUGCCAGGUCUCCUUGCAAAGGAAGCGACAGAAGCAAACAUGGAUGCGGAAAGAGAGGUACUACUCUCCGCGGACCAGGCUGUGAGCGACAGUUUGGAAAAAUUAUCAGUUGAAGUGCCCCGUCUGGAGGACAUCAUAGCUCGAUUGGAGUCCGAGGUCCAGAGCAGGGACACUAGCGAUGAUGACCUGUCAGUGGACGUUCAACAGUUGGUGGACAUCAUAGCUCGAUUGGAGUGCGAGGUCCAGAAGAGGGAGACCAGCGUUGAUGACCUGACAAUUGCCCUUAGAAGACAGGAGGAGGGGUGGAGGCAAGCAGAGGAGGAGAACAAUACUCUCCGAGUAACACUGCAGGAGUUGGGGAUAAGGUUGCAGGAGGAGUUUGAAAAACGCUCGGCUGCAGUCGAGGAGCUGGAUCGGAAUCGGGAACGGAUGGAGAAAGAACUAGAGAAGGCUAAGAGUUGUACAUUGUUUGCAAAUGCAUCCCUGGAGAAAAUCUCUGACAAGGUGGCAGAACUUGAAGAAGCUUUCAUUGUGAAAGAGAGGGCGAUUGCCGAACUGGAAGCACAAAAGGCAAAGUUAGAGAGUGAGCUGCAGCAAGAGGAUGAACAGUCGUCUGAUGCAGAUGAGGUGAUCAAUCCCAGUCCACAGAAAAUACAGAAACCUGCACAAGUGUUCGAAACUCCAAUGGAGGUUCUGAAUGCAUCCAUUAAAAAGCUAUCUGAUGACGUUGCAAGGCUUACUGAGACGCUGCACCUCAAGGAGAAUGUGAUAUGUCAGUUGCAGGAGGACAAGAUGAGGUUGGAGGAGGACCUCUGCGCAUUUCAGCUGCACAGUACACAAAAGCAUGAUAUGGAGAGGGAUGAGGAAUCUUGUAGCGAUGUGACUGAAGACAUGGCACAGACGACGUCAGCACCGAAUGAAUUCUUGUCGGAACACAUCGCAGACGCCAAUGUGCUCCAUGGCAUGCAGAUGGAGACCACAGGCGAAGAGCGACUGGAACCACCAUGCGCAGUGAGGGUCGAAGCCGAGGCUCUGGGAUCAGCAUUACUGUCAGAAACAAAGCCAGCUGAUGUGCGCGACACUGUCACAGCUGAAACUGGUGAUAACAGUGCGGGAAGCGAGGAGCUAUCACCAACGCUGUCGAUUGCUGAACAAGACUCACUACGUCUCUUGGAGAGAACGAUGGACCUAACUUCCCACCGCAAGCUAGAGGAGAAUCUUGCGUCGUCAGUCCUGCCAGCCAGAGAUGAUGAUGCGUUGACGAGGAGCAAGGAGCUUGAGUUGAAACUCCGGAUGGUGCAAGCAGAGAAGCAGGAAGUUCUGCAGCGUCUCUGUCAAUUACAGGAACAACUUAUGUCUGUCCAAGGAGGGGAAUCCAUGCAGAGAAGUGUGGAGCCGCAGAUUGAAAAAUUGGAGGACCAGCUCAGAACAAGCGAGACGGAAAAGAAUCAUGCUAGGAUUUGUGUCAAGGAACUGGAGACGAAGCUGCAGGUAUCGGAAGCGGAAAAGCAGGAGGCCUUGCAUAGAACAGCAGAUGAUGACCUUCUUCAAGCAGCGAGGGAUCAGUUGACGUCUGUUUCGGCAGCUAGAGACUCCGCACUUGUGCGUGUUAAGGAGCUUGAGUCGGAGCUAGUGGAAGUGAAAGCUGAAAAACAGGAGGCCCUGCAGCGGACUGCAGCAUCCCAGAUCAGGAUGGAAGAGGUGGAGCUCUUGCUGGCGCAGAGACACGAGACCAUGAUGAUGUGGGCUGAGGAACUUGAGGCAAAACCGUUGGCCGAUAUGCCCGAAAACGAGGAAAAACCCGUGCAUACACCUGUGGAGGAGUCUCCCUUUGUUAGGAAUGAUGCUCUCGCAGUUAACUGUGAUCUGCCUCCUGUUGAACCGACAGCAGUCGAAGAAGAAAAGCAGGACCAUCUGCAGAGAAACGCAGAGCCCCUGCCUGGAGAAUCAGAGGAGAAACGCGCAUUAACCGAGGCAGAAGGGGAUUGUGCCCAGAAUGUACACGUUGAUCAAGAAAUAAAAGUGACGCUCUUAACAUCCGAAGCAGGAAGCCACAAGAAAUCUAUAGAGGAAGCUGAAUUGUCUGGGAACAGAGGAUUGAAUGCGGAAUCUACCUUUGUUGAAGCAGGCGCAGAUGGUGCUCCGACGAGGAGCUCCGAGUCCCAAUCAAAGCCAUUCAUAACCGAACCCGAGGAGAAAGAUUCUCUACAUAGUAAUGCGGGGACCCAGGUAUGCGGAUUUGCAACAGGCAAUAACUCCACAGUGGUCUGUAAUUCAGGGCAUGGGUCCGAAAACCCGAGUGCUGCUUGGCAGAGUAUUGUUCAAGCAAAGAUCAAAGCACUGGUAGAGGGGCUUGGUCUGGCCACAGCCGCUAUCGAUGGCUCCGUGAUGCACAACACAGUGUUUGAACCGUUCAAGGGGAAAGAACUGAAGGCUGUUAUGAAGAUCGUGAAGGAACUCGAGGCCAUUGUGCAAAUGGUGGUGUCGAAGGAUGAUUCCUGCCUCUUCUGUAGCUGGGGAGAUGAACCGGAUGUGCCGAUUGUUGACUCCAGAAAUGACAAGGUUGUACCAAGGAUUGUGAAGGUUGAACUCAAAGUACUGGGUGAGGAUUUUACUGUGGACAGUGGUGUAGCCGACACUCCUGUGAUGCACAGCACAGAAUCCAAGUUGAAGUUCAUUGAGCUUGGAGCAGAAGAGCCCCAAGGAGACAUUGAAGGCAAGAUGAACUUUGGCAAAGCAGAGGGUGAUGAUGAUGGGCUUGUGGGCGGCGACAGGGCAACGAGCCAGAGGUCAAAUCUGCAGAUGCUUUCAGCACGAGACGAACUAGAUCUGCCACAGGUUACAGAGAAGUGCCCUCAGACGUUGGACGAACAACUGGCUAUGGCGGUGUUUGCGAGACGUGCUGCACUUGACCACCAAAGAGAGCUGGAGCUGAAGCUGGCUGCAGUUGAAGCAGAAAAACAAGAGGCCAUGCGAAAGGUUGUUGAGGCAGAGAAUGUGGCGAAAGAACUGAUGGAGGAUGCGCUAAGGCGCAGCAAGGAGCUGGAGUCGAAGUUGUUUGCAGUGGAAGCGGAAAAGAAGGCAGCCAUGCAGGAGGUAGAAAAUGUGCGGGCUCAGCUAUCCGAACUAGAGAAGAGAAUCGAACACCAGAUCAGCGAGAACGAUGCACUACAGGGGCGCUUGUCUGCAUCGGAAGUUGAGAAGGAAGAUCUGGAAAAAAGAAUUGUGGCAGCAGAGGAGGAUAGCAGGCAAACUUCUGAAGAGGUGUCGAAGCUGAUGAAUGAUCUAGCUACUGUCAAACAUGAUGCUGACGAGGAGAAUCGUUUCAACCAAGCUGAAAUUGUUCGACUUAAUGCCAUACUGGAAUCGACAAGGCGGGAGCUCGCAGCUAUGGAUGCCGAAAAGGAGGAACUCGAGAUUGACAAUUCUGAACUCAGUUCGUUGAAAAGCAACCUCUGUGAUAAGCUGACAUCUGCUAAGACGGAAAUGGCGGUGUACAAGCAAACGAUCAGUAAUCUCGAGCUUGAGCUCAGUCGAUUACGGGAGGCAGCAGAGCAGGAAAGGCUUGCGCGUGCAGCCGAGGAGGCUGUAUUAUCUUCCUUACACGAAGAGAAAACAGUGCUUGAGGAGAGGGUGCAGCAGGCGGAAGAGGCACGUGCAAAGAUGGAAGAGGAACUUCGCUUGAAUAUGGAGAAACUACGGUCUAAAGUGCAGAGCCUUACAGAGAAGCUCUCCAUGAGUGAUAGUCAAAAGCAAGCACUUGAAUCACAGGCGUCCAAUCUCGCCGCCGACAAUGAGGAAUUAAAGGAGCAGUUGAAGCACGUGGAAGAGGCGGCAUUAGCCGGAACACAUGAGAGUGACAGCAUCAUCCGAGAACUCGAGAAAACAACAGCAUAUCUGGAAGAUGAGUUGAAGUUGCAGAGAACAGCAAGAGAGGAGAUAGAAUCGAGAAACAAAGAAGUGGAGGCGGAGCUGAGAGAUGCGAACGAACGGGAGGUGAGCACAGCGCUUGUCCUUUCGAACCUGCGAAUGGAAAAGGAGAAUCUGGCAGACAUGAUGAGGGAGCUGGAAAGCAAGAACAAGUCCUUGAUAUGUGCCAAGGAAAUGCUAGAAAGCAAGAGGGACGAGUUAACCGAAAAACUUCUCAGGGCGGAACAAUGCCUGGAUGAAUCAAGGAGGGAGGCUGCACUCCUGACCACCAAGAUGCGCAAAGCUGAGUCUGCUGCGGAUGACGUUCAAGAGGUCCAAACUGCCAUGCAAAAGAAGAUGGUGAAACAAAUACGUGCUCUAGAGGAAGAGUGUGAGAGUCUUCUUGCUGAUAAAAACCGGUUGGAACAAGGGCUGCUGCAGAAACAAGAGGAGCUCUGGCAACGAUCAACCGAGCAGCAGAAUGAACUUGAGCGCCUUCGAAAAGAGAAUCAGGAACUCUCUGAGGCCAAUGCUGCUCUGCAGAGGGCUGGAAGUGCAACACGUUCUCCGUCCCAUGAGAAGACAGAGCUUCGGCAGAUGGUGAUGGUGCUGCAGACUGAGCUCCGCAUGAAGGUAACAAUACUCCACCAGUUGGUUCAGAAAAGGAAUGAUGACAGUACCUCUCGGAGUCUGGAGAACUCUGGGAUCCCGUCUGCAACAAGCGACUCUGGUGAGGGAGCAGUCAUCGACAAGAGUAUCAACUUGCUGGAGAGUCAUUUCCGCCAUGCAGAACAUGCAAAGGAGGAUGCACCUGUGGAGCAUGAAAUUGAGCGUUUGCAGGUCUUGAACAAGAACCUGACAGUCGACAACAGCAGCCGUACAGAUGGCAACAAUAUGCGAAAGGAGAGUUGGAAGCAAUCGGCUGCAGAGACAGAGGAGCUCCGUCAGGAGCACAUCGUCUUGAAGCUACAGUUGGCCGAAGUGACUACUGAGAGAGACCAGCUUGUGCAAACCAUGAACCAGCUGAAGCGGAUGAAGUAAUUGGUUGGCCGGUUAAUGUAGAACACCUGCUUUCUCAGAAGUGCUUAGAGGACACAGCGUGCUUGUUUUCUUCUCUGUCGCAUCAUCUUGACUUAGUGUCCACUCCUUAUCUCAAGUUUCUGACGUAUCUACCUUGUUCUCUGACGUGCUACAGCCCUGCAACAGCUCAGUGAGCUGUGACAGCUCUCCGAUCUGCUACAGGCUGCAACAUCAGUAGCAGGCCAUAACAGCUUCCGAGCAAGCUGCUACAGCGUGCGACAGCAGUAGCAGACUGUAAUGGCGGCAGCAGGCUGUAAUGGCUGCUCAUUGAGCUGUUCCUGCUGCCGCAUGCAACAGCGGCAGCAUUUUCCCUACCGUCUUUCCCCGAAUAGAACGCCUGGUAAUUAUUGCCGCAUCCGUUUACAGUUGCAUCAAACACAGCUAAAAUGACCGGGCGUUCUAUUCGGGUGAAGAUGGUAGCCGCAUGUAUACCCAGCGACAGACAGCCUGUCAUUAGCAACUCAGGACACGGACGAGUACUCCGGUCAGGACUCGAGUCCACACCACAUCUACUUGGGCGCGCCCACGGACUUGGAUUGAGCGAGAGGGCAUUAGCACACUACAUGCUAGGCGCUUGAAGUGGCAGAACAUCAAGGGCAUGCAUUUGAACAAGACAUGCUGAGUUUGAACAGCAUGAGAAAACCACCGACACAAGAACUCAUGAAUGAUGGAGACUUGGAUUGAACGAGAGGGCAUCAGCAUACGUACCAGGUGCUUGAAGUGGCGGAACGUCAAGGCCAUGUAUUCGAAUGACAUAUCUGAGUUUAAACAGCUUGGGAAACCACCGACAGUCUGCAACAGAAGAAUUAAUGACAUUUGGUGCGUCCCCAUCCGACUUCACUCAUUUCCGAAUUGCCGGUGUAAUGUGUUUGGGUCGGGAGCUGAAGCCUAACUAACAUACUGUGUCAUUUCGUAACGAUGGGAGAAACAUGCUAAUGCAUAACAUGUUAGAGUCUCAUUGAGAAUUGUACACACACACCGACGUGCCCACCCACGCACCGGCUAGAGUCAACAUCAAGCUGCUGUUGCUUGUAGAGUCGCCAUCACCUUCGCCACCGCCUUUCUUGCCGAGUCACCAUCAAGCAACAAAAACGUUUCUGAGCUGAUGAUAGUGCUUGCAGUAAUGCACAGUUUGUGGCCACCUUUUCAUAGCCAAUGACUGAUCACCUUUCCAGUCGUACGACUAGUACCUGUGUUAUCGUUUCCCAGUUUACUGCAAUGAGCUUCUACACCGUUCAUUACCAAAUGAUUGCGUAGUUUUAUGAAACUUUUAAUAGUCUUUUAUCCCAAAGUACUUGUUGUAGUAGUUCGUCGAUCGCAGUGAUAAUCCAACUCUCUUCUCUCUUUCCCCCCACCCCUCUUCUUCUUCCUUCACCCCUUUCCCCGAGUCCCCCUCUCCCCUCCCCUUCGCACAAACACAUGCCUGCACAGUCUCUCAACCCUCCCCUGCCCAACAUGUGCACACACAGUUUUUUUGCGACUGGAUGGAUUGAUGUCCAUACUGGGUUUACAAGUCAGCCGUUGAGAUUGAGAUCAACGGCUAGUGACAAGUCGAGAACAUGUUACUCUUCAUAUAACGCUAUCACCAUGAUAGUUUAUCAGUAGAAAGUACUAGAAACUGUAGAAGGCCGUCACCAUAUUUGAAUUUUGAAGGUUAAUAAUAAUCUUAUUGGCCUGGAAAAGUGGAGGCCCAGGAAGCUUGUCAGCACUUGUAAAUGGACUUCCAGACUGGUGAGGGUUUCAGAUUGGUCGGCGUUCUUUCUGAGCGGAAAAACAGCAGCAACAAGAACAGAGUUCUAAAUAUGUGAAACCUUAGUGGCUUAGAAGUAGAAAGCAGUGUCCGGCGGAGUUUGUGCUCCUUGAAGAAUGCAGCAUUAUUGCAUGUGCAGAGAAACAUCCUCGGCAGCGAUUCUGCGCUGAAACUGCACGGCAACAGCAGGGAAUGGCAGGGAAACGAACAGAAACUGCAGGGAAGUGCCAGUAAACUUGAGGGAAACUGCAGGGAAACUUCAGGGAAACGGCAGGGAAACGGCAGGGAAACGGCAGGGAAACGGCAGGGAAACGGCAGGGAAUCGGCAGGCAGGGAAAAACUCCAGGGAAACUGGAGGGAAUAACAAGGAAACUGCAACAUGAUUACAAAGUCAAGGGACAGUGCUGGGACAUGAGACAUUGCUCAUGCCAAGCACGAUAGGGGUUUUAUUACCCUGUUGCUGAUUAGGCGGGGCAGCGAAGAGGUGCUGGGAACAAGGUUUUCAGAUAUGGGACAGGUUGACGGCAUUUAGGGAUUUUAUGAUAGCGUUGCUGCCUGAGGAAAAAGGCGGCUGGACUGCAGCUGUGUGAAUAACCGAAAGGGGGGCGGAGCGAAGGAACAGUUUGAUGACAAUUAGGGUUUUUAGGUAACGGGGUUUUCAUAGCUGGGACAGUUUGAUGACAAUUAGGGUUUUGUGACCCUUGCUGGCUGAAGAAAGGGGGGAGUUGAAGAAGUGGUGUGAAUAACUGAAAGGGGGAGCAGUGCGAAGCUGUGUGAAUAAACUGAAGGGUAGUUGGAUGGAGGGGUUAAGAGGUUUUGUGAUCUGGGACAUUCGUUUUCACUUGUGGAACUGGAAUUUCCAAUUUUGUAGCUUGAAGUCUGGCGGGUCGUGUCAGGAAGGAAUUUGCCCGGUGCGCUCAACGAUGAAUAGUAUAUCCAUUACAGUGGAACGGGAGAGGGAGGAACAGGUGCGAGGGAAUCGGUGAAUUGAGAAC